UGUUACUAAAAUCUUAUUCUGCACUCGCAAGCUGAUGAUGUAGAAUCUGACAUUCUGACUGUCGUUUACAAGAUGGAGCAUAUACCGUCUACUAGCACUGCCAGUUCCAAAGGGUCCGUAGGGAAAAAACGACAAGUCCACUACUACAUGUUGCCUGCCUUAUUUGUUACUUUAUUUUGUUUCUGGCCGACCGGCAUCAUGGCAAUCAUGAAGGUUACAGAUAUAGACGAAGCCAGGAGACGGGGAGACGCCAUUUACCUGCAGACGAGUAAAAGCGCAGCCAAGAAAUGGAUAGGCAUGUCGGUACUGUUUGGGAUAAUAGUGCUUUCGUCUUUGUGUUCCGUCAUAGGGUGGCAGAUAUUCCACAGACCUUGAACAUCGGAAAUCAAACGUUUUAGUAUCAAUAGCACGUGAUGCUAAACUGGCAGCAAUUUCUUGACUUGUCAUUAUUCCGUAUAUAAUGAUUAAUUGCCCUUGUUAUCGUGUUGUUCAAAAUAACAUCCGGGCAUCUACGGUAUUAAAAUCGCCGAUCAACCGGAGUGUGGAAAGUGAAAGUAGGAAAUUCUAUGGUUCCUUUAAUACUUAAUGUGCCUCAAAGGAUAGAAAUAUUUCAUUUAAUAACAGACAAUAAUUAAAUAUGGUUUAUCAGUCUUGUGAAUGGCAGCGAGGGGCAUUUACAUCAAGUAAAAGUUGGAAAGUGUACCGAAUUUAUUUGAGUAAAAUUAUGUGUACAUGA